AUGCGUAUCCUCGUUUUAAUACUUUUUAUGAGCACUUUCCCUUCAUCUCGAGCAGAUCUCUGUGCUCAUUGUGACUGUGAUUUUCUGUCGCACACUGUGGUUUGCAACCGCCCAUCUUUACUAGUCAGAACAGUAUCCAUGCUUCCAAAUAUUCAACAACUUCAUCUGAAUUCUUUGAAUCUUCCGCAACCUCCGCAUUUUUUGUUUCAUCCGAAUCUUCGAGUUCUGCGAAUGAGCCGAUGUGGAAUGCAUGAAGUUCCAGGAAGUACAUUUUUGCCUUUACCAGGGUUAGAGGUCAUUGAUUUAUCAAACAACCAUUUGGAAACGCUCCCGCCUACCGUACUCCGCAGUCUCAAAUUUCUCCGAGUUCUUAUAUUGACGAACAAUCGAAUCUCGAAUUUGGACCAAUUGGCAUGGAUCCUCUCUCCUGGAGUUGUUCUAGAACAAUUGGAUUUAUCAGGAAAUCCAAUUGCAAUUGCCACAUCAAUGACUGUUUUCCCACCAGUUCGACAACUUUUCUUAUCCGAUACUAGGAUGGAAAGUGUAAAUGAAACUGUCAUUAUGUUCAAAAAACUUCCCGGAAAGUGUGAAAAAGAUGUCUGCCGUCAUAUUCCAAUUCACAACCUCAAUAUUUCUCUAAUCACAACAAUCGAUUUCUCUUCAAAUCGAGAGCUGGAAAUCGAUUCUGGAGCUUUGGAUAUUUUUUCGAAUGCAACUUUUGUUGAUUUGAGUAACACUCGAUUGCCAAUCGGGUUUGAGGAAUGGUUGGAGAGGAAGAGUAGAGUCAAGAGUUUGAAUAUCAGUCAUUGCCAGAUGCCUCUUCACGAAGACACUUGGACAGCUUGCGGUCAAUUCUUGCACUCAUUAGAUAUUUCUGGAAUCGGUGCAAAGCGACUCAGGUUCUCCAGAUUCUGUCCAAUCAGAACUGUGUUUGCUCGAGAUAACUUGCUUUCCACAGUUUACAUCGAUGCUGUUUCCAUAGAAUCAAUGCAUUUUGAGAGAAACAUGUUCAGUGAUUUCCCAAUUCCACCACCUGGAGUCGAGUUAACAGAACUUCAUACUUUGAGUUUAUCUCAUAAUUUGAUGACAUCCUUGCCACCUCAUGCACUUCAAUCCUAUCCCAAUUUACAACAUUUUGAUCUCUCCAACAAUCAAUUAAGCGAGAUUGAUCCUCAAGCAUUCCCAUCAAUUGGGCUCGGUUUGAUAUCUCUUGACCUAAGUUCAAACCAACUUUCAUCUCUUCCUCAUCCGAUUCUUCCAUCUCUUCUUCUUCUUGAUCUGUCAUCGAAUACGAUUUCUCAUCUGGAUCCUCAUUUUUUCACUGGUCUACCAAUGCUUCAACAACUUCGAAUCGCUUCAAAUCCCACUCUUUUCUCGAGAUGUCCAAACCGCGAAUCUCCGUGCUGGAGCGAUCAUUUAGAUGAAUUAACGUCGCUUGUUGAUUUGGAUAUUUCAAAUUCUGGUCUUGAAUUCUCACUUCAUUUAAGACAUUUGAGAACAUUGAAAUCAUUGAUGUUGCGUGGAAACGAGAUCAGAAUUAUCGAUGCAAAAUCACUACCGGAAAACUUGAGAACAUUGGAUUUGGGAGAGAAUCGAGUACAGUUUACUUCUAAUUUCUCAAAACUAGAACACUUAAGAGACUUGCGAGUUGACCAAAAUCCUCUGCGGUGUGACUGCUCUCUAUACGAUAUUGUUCCACAUCUUCUGAAUCAAAGUCAAGUAUCUGACCCACUUCUUUACUAUUGCUUCUCAGGAUCCUGGCAAUAUCCACUGCUUCCAUAUUUGGCAUCAGUCAAGCCAUGUAUCAAUACAACUCGUAACUUUUAUUCGAUUCUUAUCACCACAUUUAUCAUUGCAUUCGCUAUCGUCGCAGCUCUGAUUGGCGGUUUUCUGGUAUACAGAAAAUAUGCAGAACGAGCCAAUUUUGUCUACAAACGAAUUUCCCUUGUCGAAUCGCCAGUUCGGUUGUAG